GUCUAACUAAGCGUCUAACUGACAUUACAAAAUACAAAAGAAAACAAAAAAGUUGUAAAAACGCGAGCAACAGCUGCAGUUUUAUUUUCAUUUUAAUUGAAUAAAUCUAAUUUUAGAUUUUACAAGAUGAACGAGAUUGACGAUAAAUUUUAUUACGUGUAUAGUUCGUCUUUAGAUCAUAAAGUGCAGAUAAAGAUUGGCACCCUAGAAGGAAAGAGAGCCAAGCCAGAGUAUGACCAGCUCCUCACAGAUCCUAUGCUCAAGUUCUCUGGCCUCUGCCAAGAAGGAUGCUCGGACUUAUAUGUGACAUGCCAGAUUCUGAGUGACAAUCAACCCCUGGCACUACCAGUCACCACCUCUUACAAGUCCUUUACCAAUAGAUGGAAUUGGAACGAAUGGGUGACCCUACCAGUGUUCUUCAGCGACCUACCCCGCAACGCCACGCUCGCCAUGACGAUAUAUGACUGCGCUGGUCCAGGGAAAGUAAUGGUCGUUGGUGGAACCACAAUAUCUCUGUUUGGGAAGCAUGGAAUGUUGAGACAGGGUAUGUUCGACCUUCGAGUGUGGCCUGGCGUGGAGGGCAGUGAGAAGACUCCAGGCAAAGCCCCCGACCGGGGCAAGGAACAGAUGCAGCGAUUGGCUAAACUGGCGAAGAAACAUCGAAAUGGACAAAUACCUAAGGUGGAUUGGCUGGACAGACUAACGUUUAGAGAGAUCGAAAUGAUCAAUGAAAAGGAAAAAAGGAGUUCGGAUUACAUGUAUCUAAUGAUUGAGUUUCCAACAGUCCAUAUUGAUGGGAUUAAUCAUGCGAUCGUGUACUAUGAACAAGAUGGUGAUGAAAUGUAUCAGUUCAGAGCCCAGGCAGACAUUGUUACCGUGCCAGACUACGAGAUCCUUCAGGAGAACGUAGUAGAGAGCAAGCAGCACCGUCUGGCGCGGUCGCUGCGUCCGGGCGUGUCCCGGCGCGACACCAAGCCUUCCGCCGCCGAGCGGGACCUGCUCGCCGCGCUGCUCGCCGCGCCCGCAGCGCGACCCCUCACCGCCACCGACCAGGACCUGCUCUGGAAGUACCGAUUCUACUUGUCAUCGCAUCGCAGAGCUCUUACAAAGUUUCUGGAAUGCGUCAACUGGAAUCGGCCGGGCGAAGUGCGUCAAGCGCUGUCUAUGAUGAAGCAAUGGGCGCCGAUGGAUGUUGAAGAUGCGCUCGAAUUGUUGACGCCAAAGUUCACACAUCCUGCCGUCAGGAAGUACGCAAUCUCCCGUCUGAAGCAGGCACCCGACGAUGAUCUGCUGUUGUACCUCUUGCAACUAGUACAAGCCCUCAAGUAUGAAGACUUUAUGGAAAUACAUGAUGAGUACGCGCGCGUGUGUGGCAAGGAGUCGGUGGAGCUCGAGGGGGGGCGCCUCAUGCACAGCGCGCAUCGCGCCAGCCACGCCAGUCUACUCUCCGCCUCCGUAUUGACGGUAAGUGACAUGACAUCGUCGAUCACAAGUCGUCGUUCCACGGACGCUGGCGUAGAGGACGCUCCGCCCGCACUAGACAACAGCGUCAACGGAAAUAACACCUCUGCCACAGAGAAUAAUAAUGCAUUCAGUGAAACAUCAGACCCGUCGGAGGAGCAUCUCUCCUUAGCAUCGUUCCUGAUCUCCCGAGCUUGCAACAACAGUGUAGUAGCCAACUACUUGUACUGGUACCUCCUGAUAGAGUGUGAGGACCAGGACCAGGCUAGGGACCAGGCUGCACGGUCUAUGUACCUCGCUGUCAUGAGGACCUUCAGCCAUCGGUUGGCCAAAGGCACGGCAGAACAGCAACGAACUCGCUCGUUCUUGGCGCGGCAGCAAGUCUUUAUAGAUAAACUGGUUCGCCUCGUACGCUGCAUAGCUAGAGAGAGCGGCUCCCGCGGGAAGAAAGCGGAGCGACUGCAGCAGUUGUUGGCUGACCCCGACGCGUUCAAGUAUAACUUCACCAACUUUGAACCUAUGCCCUUCCCGCUAGACCCCAAUGUUACUAUCAAAGGAAUCGUCGCCAAAAAAGCAAGUCUCUUCAAGUCAGCUUUAAUGCCUUCAAAGCUAACAUUUUUGACGACAGAAGGAAUGGAAUACGAAGCUAUCUUCAAACACGGAGAUGACUUAAGACAGGAUCAACUAAUACUACAAAUGAUAACAUUAAUGGACAAGUUAUUAAGAAGGGAAAAUCUAGACUUAAAAUUGACUCCUUAUAAAGUCCUAGCGACCAGUUCCAAACACGGUUUCCUACAGUUCAUUGAGUCGGUGACUGUAGCUGAAGCCCUAGCUACAGAGGGCAGCAUUCAGAAUUUCUUCAGGAAGCAUAAUCCGUGCGAGGGCGCCCCCUACGGUAUUAAACCGGAAACUAUGGACACUUACAUCAGGAGCUGCGCCGGUUAUUGUGUUAUUACUUAUUUACUUGGUGUGGGCGACCGUCACCUCGACAAUCUGCUACUGACUCGCAGCGGAGCCCUGUUCCACAUAGACUUCGGUUACAUCCUGGGCCGGGACCCGAAGCCCCUGCCGCCGCCGAUGAAGCUCAGCAAGGAGAUGGUGGAGGCCAUGGGCGGGGUGCACUCGGAACAUUACCACGAGUUCCGUAAGCAGUGCUAUACUGCCUUCCUACAUCUGCGCAGACACGCAAACCUGAUGCUGAACCUGUUCUCGCUGAUGGUAGACGCGUCUGUGCCGGAUAUCGCGUUGGAACCCGACAAGGCCGUCAAGAAAGUACAGGACAAAUUAAGGCUGGACCUAGGCGAUGAGGAAGCAGUACACUACCUGCAGAACUUAUUAGACAUGUCUGUGACGGCAGUAAUGGCCGUACUAGUCGAACAGUUCCACAAAUUCGCGCAGUAUUGGCGGAAAUAGGACAUACACUGCGCUUCGCUCGUCACAAGGAACUAAACUCCGGAUAGGAUUGAAGAUUUUUAAGACUAUCGGUUAACCCG